GAACAAUGGAUGGUAAUACAAUAAACCCACGUAUUUUACCGGUCGAUUGGCUACACUGAUUAGGUAUCUGGAGCUGCCAACUAUUUUAAAUUUCAGUGUUGCUUAUAUUCAUUUUUCAACUAAAUGGUUUAAAUUGGUAUAAGUAGAUAACACGAUUUUUACAUAAUUUGUAUUAUAAGAGUAGCAUACAUUGUUUCUUAAUUAUAUACUUGAAGUUACAUGAAAACACAUAAGUUUUGAAUAUUAAUUAGUAACAUGGAAAAUGUAGAAGAAAUAACUAAAAAUUUUAAAAACUUUUAUUUAUACAAUAAAUUUGAAGAAGAUUUAAAUGAUGAUUUGAAAACUGCGAGUUCCAAAAGAAAAUGCUUAUACCAAUCAUUUAUGCUUGCAAAUUGCUUGGAAGAAUCAAGCUGGCUAUGGAGUCAUAUGAAAUGUGAAUUAAAAUCAUAUUCUAAUUUAGUUGAUCAUAAUAAAGGUAUUAAUAAUUUUAUGAAUGCUGUAGAGGAAUUAACAUUUGGAUCUAACAAAGCAAAAUUGUGGAAAUUGAGCAGUAACUUUGAUGUAAAUAAUGCAGUUAAUAUAUUUAAAAAGUCAAUUGGAUGCCCAAACCCAAAAACAUGUAAAACUGAGGAUAAUACAGAUUUUGUUAUUGAUUGUACUAGAACUUGUGAAAUUUCACAAUAUUUAAAUAAAAAUGAUCUUCAAAAUAAUUUUAAAGAAGUGCAAAAACCAGUAAUUUCAAGUAACCAAAAAGUCAAUAAUUAUCCUCAAAGUAACUCGCUAAAUGAGAAAACUAAUGAUAAAUCAGUAAAAAUGUCUCAUUUUACAACACAACAUUUAAAUAGUAGAAAAAGAAGUAAAUAUGAUGAUAACUCUCCUUUAAAUUCACCACCUGAUCAUAAAACUAAAAGGGAAAAAGAAUCUCCAGCAGUUAAUAACAAUCAAUCGCAAUUUGGCUUUCACACUGCAAAAACUGAAUUACAUAUACAAGUUAAAAAACAAAAUAAUCACAUAUCUAGUUCAUCAGAUACAUUAAUAAAAAAAUCGCUUGGUGUCAAUAAAUCUCGCAGUGUUGUUAGCAAAUUUGUUAAUCCACUGGCUGACAACCAACAAAAUAAUCAAGCCAAAGAAGAAAAAUUUAAUGAAUCAUUGUCUAAUGAUAAUGUUGAAGAUAAUCCUUAUUUAAAAAAUAUUGAUCCUAAAAUGGUUGAAAUGAUUAGAAACGAAAUAAUUGAAUGUAAAAAUCCAAUUACUUGGAAUGAUAUAUCUGGUUUACAGUUUGCUAAAAGUACCAUUCAAGAGUCUGUUAUUUGGCCAUUGUUAAGACCAGAUAUUUUUAAAGGUAUUCGAAGACCCCCUAAAGGUAUUUUGUUAUUUGGUCCUCCUGGAACUGGAAAAACAUUAAUUGGUAAAUGUAUUGCAUCACAAUCUAAUUCAACAUUUUUUAGUAUAAGUGCCUCAACUAUAACUUCUAAGUGGAUUGGAGAAGGUGAAAAAUCUGUAAGGGCUUUGUUUGCCGUUGCUAGAUGUCAUCAACCAGCUGUAAUUUUUAUUGAUGAAAUUGAUUCUUUAUUAUGUCAAAGAAGUGAACAAGAACAUGAAAGUUCUAGGAAAAUAAAAACUGAGUUUCUUGUUCAAUUGGAUGGAGCAGGUACAAGUGAUGAUGAUAGAAUAUUAAUUAUAGGUGCUACUAACAGACCUCAGGAACUUGAUGAAGCAGCUAGAAGACGAUUAGUGAAAAGACUAUAUAUUAGAUUACCAGAUCUUCAAGCCAGAAAAGAAAUGAUUAAAAAGCUGGUUAGUUCAGAAAAUCAUGUUUUAACUGAAGAAGAUUUAGAUAAAAUAGCUUCUAUGAGUGAUGGUUAUUCAGGUGCUGAUAUGAAAAGUUUAUGUCAAGAGGCAUCUUUGGGACCUAUUCGAUCUAUAAGUUUUGAAAUGAUUAGUAAUAUUCAAGCGGAUCAAGUUCGCCCAAUUAAUCUAAGUGAUUUUUUGUCUGCAUUGAAAUCUGUGCUUCCUAGUGUAUCUUCAGAAGAUUUAAACCAUUAUGUUUCUUGGAAUGAAAAGUUUGGGUGCAGUGAUAAAGGAUGUUAAUACAUAUACUUAAAUUUCUUGAAAAUUCAUAAUUUAAUGUUUAUAUUUUAUUUUAUUUAUCUAUUUUAUAUAUUCAUAGUUGAAAGUUUUUAUUAUAUAUUUUUGUAACCUAUUUUAUAAAUAAAUAAUCCAAAAUAAUAAUUUUUACUUUGAUACUGUAUCAAUAGUAGGGUGAAGUAAAGAAUUCUAGUAAUACAGUAUUUUUACAUAUUUUUUGUUAAAAUAUGUUAUAAAGGUUAAAAAAAAAUUAUUUAGCCUGAAUUUUGUAUACCAGUUUAAUUUGUAUUUAUUCUAUGGAUAAAUAUUAGUACUGUAUAGGGAUGUUUGGUUAAGUAAAUAAAAAAUCAAUACUCGAAA